UUUAUCUCAUCUGAGCUCUCGUCUCAACACCCAAGCCCUUUUGGUGUCCAUAUCUACCGUAUCCUGUUGUAUUGAAAGAAAAAAAGAAAAGAAAGAUGCGUUUUUACGAGAUGAUCGCCCUUGUGUUUUUGGGUAUCUUGGCCAGUGCCAUUGGCGAGGACUUCCCCGACGAAUCUUCGGGAGACUACGCCUACGAUGCCGAUGCAAUCGAAGCUGCCAUGAAGUCCAUCAUUGACUGUGAUAAUGCCAUGGGCUUGGAUGAAGACUCCACUGUGGAAGGUGCCGAAUUCAGCCACCAAGGUUUGGCAUUGGUCAACGUCACCACUUGGCAGGGAUACUGUGACUGGUGGUCCUUUGUUGGGAAUGGUCCGUUGGUUGGAUUCUCGGUCGAUGCGCGAGAUAUUGGCUAUGACGAAGAAGACAAUGCCAUUGUCUAUGCAGCUACCAUAACUGCCACCCAUACUGGAGAGGGAAUGCCCUUCCCACCAACCAACAUGACAACAAUUUCGGAUUAUGCCUAUUGGGCGCUUUUGGAUGAUGAUUACAAAAUUGUGAGUGUGAAGAAGAUCUGGAAUGAUUUCUAUGCCAUGACGGAGCUUGGGUGGAUCUAAGAACCGUACGGUAUAACCUGAAGUGCUUGAGGUUGCAAAAAUGUGUAUGCUGGUGGGGUAAGAGCAGCUUGAAAAACAAUCGUCAUUCAUAGUUCAUUUUAUUCCAACAUGUGUC